CUCAACGCGAACCAUCUCAACGCAGACGCGGCCUCGUCCCCCGUCCACGUGCCCAAGAUGGAUGCGCUCAUCAUCCCGGUGACCGUGGAGGUGCCCUGCGACAGCCGCGGCCAGCGCAUGUGGUGGGCGUUCCUCGCCUCGUCCAUGGUCACCUUCUUUGGGGGACUCUUUAUCAUCCUGCUCUGGCGGACCCUCAAGUACCUGUGGACGGUGUGCUGCCACUGCGGCGGCAAGAGCAAGGAAGCCCAGAAAAUUAAUGGCAGUGGGGACACCCAGGCUGAUGGCACCUGCAAACCUACGGAUGAAAAAGAAGAGACUGUGGCAGCAGAAGUGGGCUGGAUGACCUCUGUAAAAGACUGGGCAGGAGUGAUGAUAUCUGCCCAGACUUUAACUGGCAGAGUUCUUGUUGUCUUAGUCUUCGCUCUUAGUAUUGGUGCUCUUGUAAUAUACUUCAUAGAUUCGUCAAAUCCAAUAGAAUCCUGCCAGAAUUUCUACAAAGAUUUCACAUUACAGAUUGACAUGGCUUUCAACGUGUUCUUCCUUCUCUACUUUGGCUUGCGCUUCAUAGCAGCCAAUGACAAGCUGUGGUUUUGGCUGGAAGUUAACUCAGUGGUAGAUUUCUUCACAGUUCCUCCAGUGUUUGUGUCAGUGUAUUUAAACAGAAGUUGGCUUGGUUUAAGAUUUUUAAGAGCGCUUAGACUGAUACAGUUUUCAGAAAUUUUGCAGUUUCUGAAUAUCCUUAAAACAAGUAAUUCCAUCAAGCUGGUGAAUCUGUGCUCUAUAUUUAUUAGUACAUGGCUGACAGCAGCUGGGUUCAUACAUUUGGUGGAGAACUCAGGGGAUCCAUGGGAAAAUUUCCAAAAUAACCAACAGCUUACAUAUUGGGAAUGUGUUUAUUUACUAAUGGUUACUAUGUCCACUGUUGGUUAUGGAGAUGUUUAUGCAAAAACAACCCUUGGUCGCCUUUUCAUGGUCUUCUUCAUCCUCGGGGGAUUGGCCAUGUUUGCCAGCUACGUCCCUGAAAUCAUAGAGUUAAUAGGAAACCGCAAGAAAUAUGGUGGUUCCUAUAGUGCGGUUAGUGGAAGAAAGCACAUUGUUGUCUGUGGUCACAUAACACUUGAAAGUGUGUCGAACUUCUUAAAGGACUUCCUGCACAAGGAUAGGGAUGAUGUGAACGUGGAAAUCGUCUUUCUGCAUAAUAUCUCCCCUAACCUUGAGCUGGAAGCUCUUUUUAAACGACACUUCACUCAGGUGGAAUUUUAUCAGGGUUCGGUUCUCAAUCCACAUGACCUGGCAAGAGUAAAGAUAGAGUCAGCAGAUGCGUGCCUAAUCCUUGCCAAUAAAUACUGCGCUGACCCAGAUGCUGAAGAUGCCUCCAAUAUUAUGAGAGUAAUUUCCAUAAAGAAUUACCAUCCGAAGAUAAGAAUUAUCACUCAGAUGCUGCAGUAUCAUAACAAGGCUCAUCUGCUAAAUAUCCCAAGCUGGAAUUGGAAAGAAGGGGAUGAUGCAAUAUGUCUUGCUGAACUCAAGCUGGGUUUCAUAGCCCAGAGCUGCCUGGCACCAGGUCUCUCAACAAUGUUAGCCAACCUCUUCUCCAUGAGGUCAUUCAUAAAGAUUGAAGAGGAUACAUGGCAGAAAUACUAUUUGGAAGGAGUCUCAAAUGAAAUGUAUACAGAAUAUCUAUCUAGUGCCUUUGUGGGUCUGUCCUUCCCUGCAGUUUGUGAACUGGUAUUUGCGAAGCUGAAGCUUUUAAUGAUAGCCAUAGAAUACAAAUCGGAAAAACGGGAAAGCAGCAUAUUAAUCAAUCCGGGAAACCAUGUCAAGAUUCAAGAAGGUACUUUAGGAUUCUUCAUUGCAAGUGAUGCCAAAGAAGUAAAAAGGGCAUUUUUUUACUGCAAGGCCUGUCAUGAUGACAUCACAGAUCCCAAAAGGAUAAAAAAAUGUGGUUGCAAACGGCUGAUCUAUUCCAAGAUGUCCAUCUACAAGAGAAUGAAACUGGCAUGUUGUUUUGAUUGCGGACGCUCUGAGCGUGACUGCUCUUGCAUGUCAGGCAGUGUACAUAGUAAUAUGGACACCCUUGAGAGAGCCUUCCCACUUUCUUCUGUCUCUGUUAAUGAUUGCUCCACCAGUUUACGUGCCUUUGAAGAUGAGCAGCCGCCGACGCUGUCGCCCAAAAAAAAGCAGCGAAAUGGAAGCAUGCGAAAUUCACCCAACUCCUCACCCAAACUGAUGAGGCAUGACCCCUUGUUAAUUCCCGGCAAUGAGCAGAUAGAGAACAUGGAUGCCAGUGUGAAAAAAUACGACUCUACGGGGAUGUUUCAUUGGUGUCCAGCUAAGGACAUUGAAAAGGUUAUUUUGACUCGAAGUGAAGCAGCAAUGACGGUUUUAAGUGGGCACGUAGUCGUUUGCAUAUUCGGGGAUGUUAAGUCUGCAUUGAUUGGAUUAAGAAAUUUAGUGAUGCCAUUACGAGCCAGCAACUUUCACUAUCAUGAACUCAAACACAUUGUGUUUGUUGGUUCACUUGAAUAUCUUAGAAGGGAAUGGGAGACGCUACAUAACUUCCCCAAGGUUUCAAUCUUGCCUGGUACGCCAUUAAGUCGGGCUGAUUUAAGGGCUGUCAACAUCAACCUCUGCGACAUGUGCGUUAUCCUGUCAGCCAAUCAGAAUAAUAUUGAUGAUGCUUCGCUGCAGGACAAGGAAUGCAUCUUGGCGUCACUCAACAUCAAAUCUAUGCAGUUUGAUGACAGCAUUGGGGUCUUGCAGGCUAAUUCCCAAGGGUUUACACCACCAGGGAUGGAUAGGUCAUCUCCAGACAAUAGUCCAGUCCAUGGCCUGUUACGUCAGCCCUCCAUCACAACAGGAAUCAACAUCCCUAUUAUAACAGAGCUAGUAAAUGAUUCAAAUGUUCAGUUUUUGGACCAAGAUGAUGACGACGACCCCGACACAGAACUGUAUCUCACACAGCCAUUUGCGUGUGGAACUGCAUUUGCUGUCAGCGUACUGGAUUCUCUCAUGAGUGCAACAUACUUCAAUGACAAUAUCCUCACGCUGAUACGGACACUGGUAACAGGAGGAGCCACACCAGAGCUGGAAGCUCUGAUCGCUGAGGAGAACGCACUGAGAGGAGGGUACAGCACACCUCAGACGCUUGCAAACAGGGACAGGUGUCGAGUUGCACAGCUGGCUUUGUACGAUGGGCCCUUUGCAGACCUAGGGGAUGGUGGUUGUUAUGGAGACCUGUUUUGUAAAGCGUUGAAAACAUACAAUAUGCUUUGCUUUGGAAUUUACCGAUUGCGGGAUGCACAUCUAAAUACACCUAGCCAAUGCACUAAACGUUAUGUUAUUGCAAACCCUCCUUAUGAGUUUGAACUCAUGCCGACAGACUUGAUCUUCUGCUUGAUGCAGUUUGACCACAACGCCGGCCAAUCCCGGGCCAGUCUCUCGCAUUCCUCCCAUUCCUCAUACUCUUCCAGCAAGAAGAGUUCAUCGGCGCACUCCAUCCCCUCAACAGCAAACCGACUGAACCGCUCUAAGACCAGAGACUCCCGGGAAAAACAGAAUGCCACCAGGAUGAAUAGAAUGAGCCAAGCCGAAAAGAAAUGGUUUACAGAUGAGCCGGACAACGCCUACCCCAGAAACAUUCAAAUCAAGCCCAUGAGCACUCACAUGGCCAAUCAGAUCAAUCAGUACAAAUCUACAAGCAGCUUGAUACCGCCCAUCAGAGAAGUUGAAGAUGAAUGUUGACUCCCCAGAGAAUGGACUUUUCAGGAAAAAAAAUCCACCACAGGCCCAGCCAGCUUCACAAAUGGUGACGUGACAUUUAUGCCUCUCACAUGCCGAAUCGCCAGUGGAAAAGUUGCAAAGGGCAACCGCUAUGGCAAAAUAAAGUAGACAUCUGUUUGUCUGCCUUGAUUAUGGCUUCCAUGUAUUUUGGAAACUCUGUCAUUUAUAAAUGAACAUAAUCAAAAAUAGUCAUGUAUAGCCUCUAGCGUUUAAAAUUAUUUUUAUUUAUUAGACAAAAAAUAUAUUUUUCUUUUUUUCCAUGGUAAGGUACUUACCCUUAACACACCAGUUAUGUGGCCAGACUCCUAAUCUUCACAACAAAGCUGCUCUUUCUCUGUUUGUCUCUUAGGAGAAUGAUGGUCACAGUUAUUAAACAAUGCUACUAAAAGAGAGAAAUGAGAUACUAAACAAAGUCCUACAUGUAUUUUAAUAAAUCCCAAAGGAAGGGAAAACACCAACAUGUUUCUUAACUAGAAAAAGUGUAUUUUGUUCUGCAUCAGCACCAGCUCUUAAUAAAUUACAACUUAUCUAUUUUCAAAGGACAAAGUCAUAUUUUUAUAAAUUUAAACAGUUACUCCCACUUUGUGAGCAUUUCCUUACCAAAUUUAGUAAAGCUUAACCAACACGUACUCUAAUGUGCCAAUCCCUUUCAGGACCAUAACGUUAGCCCAGACACCAGAAAUAUUCUGUCAGAUUUACUUACAAAGCAUUAAUAUAAGACACAGCAUAUGAGUUAGCUGUUCAAAGUGAAGUUCAUUUAAAAUGUGAAAUACUGCUGUACUUCCAAAGUCACAUCUUACUAGAAAACCUGAGUCCAUGUAAGAAUACAACCUUGAAAACAUCUCCCCCAUAGCCAGGUGUUUAAUUAAACAAGUGUAUUCUUUUUUUAGGCAUCAGUGACACAUUAGUCCCCUCCAUUGUAAACCCAAGUUAUUUAACUAAGACAUGAAUUAAACACAAUAAAACCAGGGCAAGAGUGCAAAGUUUAAAUCUAUCUGACCUCUGCCAGUGCCCUCUCAUCUCCGCCACCAAAAGAACCCAUGGCCCUUUGGGUGAGUUCAAGUCUGGACACAAACUUGGCUGUUCAGGAUCAGCUGUGUCCUCACAUGUGGUUGCUUGGUACUUGCUGUCACAAAGUGAUGUCUCUCUUCAGAAGUACCUUAUGCUUUUGUUCUAGGUUGCCUCAGUUCCACAUAUAAAACAGUAAAAACUCAUAAGGCACUUAUUCAAUAGCAAACUCUGAGAAAAGACCUGUACAGACCUGUUUGCACCUACCAGUUGCAUAGUGGCUGACAGAAUUUACAGACAUCAAAUAAAAUGAUGGUCACUGCUACAGACAUACAAGUGUUCUUGCCAAUUUACUAACUAAAUCUCAUCUGAAUAACUUAAAAAAUUAGCAAGUAGGUGAGGAGAAAAAAAGGACGCUGUGUCAAAGAAGAUAGGAACCCAUCUUACAAGAUCAUCGUUGCUUUCAAUAUUGGCCAAAGUCAAAAAUCAUUAAACAAGACCAGAUACUGUCAUUAGAUAAGCAGUAUCAUCCAAUAGGGCAGGUACCACACCUAUGAACUUAUGCUAGAACAAACAUCUAUAAUGCCAUACUCCAACAUUUUACCUAAACUAUCUUGGCUUCUAUGUCUGUCUGCUGGCUGCAGUACAAAUAUAACCCUGCUGCCACUUAAUAGGCUUUGUUUUCAAGUGCAUUUAUGGACUGACACUAAUUUUUCUAUACACACUUCGUAGAAUUAGUUACAAAGGAAAAUAAACUCUCCUAUGCUAUAUGUACAAUUGGCUUGCUUAAAAACUAUUUAGAAUUGCUCUUCUACAAAGAAACACAUUUACUUAAGCACUUUUAUUAAUCCUGUUUCAUAGUAGCCAACUGCAAAGAAGAAACUGCUGGAUUGGCUGAGAACCAUUUCAGCUAACAGCAAAUUCUCAUUUGCAUUCCAAUCUCACCACAGAUCACUUUCCAUCUUAUGUUGCCAGCUGACACUCUUUUUUCAUUUGUGAACUGCCACAAUCUUAUUACCCAAGCACAAUGCUGUUCUCAAUACCAGAAUCAUCAUCAUCUAAAUUUGUGUUCAAGAUAGGCAGACACAUUUGAACUUUAUAGGCCUCUGUUUUAUAGACAAGUAACAGAAAAUCCUUCUCAAAGCCUUCAGUCUUAGAAUACUUAAAUCGUGCUAUUUCUAAGCAUCCUUUCUUUCAGAAAGACACUUACCACAUAAAUAAAAAAAAAUAAAACUACCACCUACACUGCUCUGGCAUAUUGAACUACAUUAUCCUUUAACUGCAAUACUCUUGACACCACAAUGCCCACAGUAACUUAGCUUAGGACUUCAGAUAAACAAGACUGAUUAUGCUUUUUGAUUGCUGCAAUAUCCAUUUAUACUAAUCAAAGAAUGACUGAGUGACCAUAACAUCUUACUCCUCCCUUGCAUUUAGAGGAUCAAGUUUGCAUUUCAUCUGUUUGUACCUAGACAUAUCAAAGAACCUAAGGUUGAUUUCAUACCCUUUAUACAAUCAAUUAAAUCAGACUAGCUCAAAUAUGAUACCUUCUGUUCAGCAGAAUCAACUGUGCUUAUGUUACAUGCUGGACAGAAAACCUUCAAACUUUAAUUAGUCACCUUUAACCAGAGACAGAGUCCAACUACCCAGAAAACUGACCCAGGUGAUGGAAAGCCAAAAACAAGCUCUUUGCACAACAGAGACUGAUUACAAGCAGCAUAUGAAAUGCACUGUAUAAGCAAGGUUAUAGAACAUUUUUACUGAAUUAAAAUGCUUGUCUAGAAACUUAAAUUUUUCUUCCAAUCUAGUCAGACUUUAUAACACUUCCUAUAUGUUCCCUGUCUCCCACCCUACAAUUGAAAUUGUCACACCGUCCAAAAUUCAUGCAUCCUUGCCAAAACAACAGACAGGAAUUUUUGCACCGAAAAGAUGAUGUGCUUUCUGGAAUUCCAGCUGCCUUCCUUUUGACCCAAGCAAAAAUACAAACACAUACCCUUACUCCACAGUUAAGCACUAAAUACAGUUCUACAUCUAUACCACAAGAAAUGCAAAAAGGAUUUCUCCUGAAUGCCAGACAAAGGCCUUCCAACUUGCAGCACUUACUCUCCAAACUCAAAUUAUUUAAGAUAAAGCCAUGUGAUCAUUCACUUGCAAGCAUACAAGAUUCCCAUGGCUAUCAAUCAGAGCUCUGAGGUUGGGCAAAAGGCAGCACACAGACAGUCUGCAAUAUGCUGCUUUUAGGAAUUAAAUCUGAGACAGUUGCAUGUGCUCCCCCGGCAUCUGGAACCAAAGAGUCAUCUGCACCGCUUCAAAUCCAGUUAGUGUAGCCACCUAGGUAUACUACUGUGGCAGGCUAACUUUGCUGAGACAGAGCUAUUUGGACUGGGUACAGUGCCACAUAACUGAUGUUAUGUUACUUCUGACCUUGAAGAUAGCCUACAGCUACCUCCCAAACCCAAAAUUGUACAGCUACAUUCUGGUGGGGCCAGCCAGCAUCACACCUCAUUCUUCAAAACUAAGCAGGAUGCUGUAAGAAUGGUCAAGAGCAACGAAAGGCACAAUGUCUAGGAACAGUUUUUCAGAUUUGGACAGAAAUCCCACUUCAAGGACUCUUCAGAGAAACCAGAACAAAGCCUUAUAAUUUAGAAAUGGCUCGCACUGAAUGUCACUAGAAACAAAGGCACUCAUUGACUAAUAGGGUAGGCCUCACACUUACAUGCUGUGAACAACAUACAUUAGGCUUCUAACAUCAAUUUCUCUUAUAAAGAUGUAAAGAUUUCCUUAACUGCUCAAGCAAGUCUCCAAAACAUGAAAACCUCCUGUACACUGAAAUAGCCCUUUUCAUUUAAAAGCAAUACCCAAACAGAGACAAAGACCAGAAUGCAUAUGGAUCUGUCAUUUCAGUUACCUAGAACCAUCCUGGCUUUGUCUUUCCAAGUUCCUAAGCUGCAUGGAGAAAACAAUGUAAUUAGGGCAGGAUUUGGUCUAUGACAUCUCUUCUUCAUCUGUGACAGGAUGCAGCCUCACUGCUCUAGGUCAUAUCAUAACUCAUAGUCUGCAGCUCUGUAUACAGAGAGAUGCACCAAUAAACCUACGUUAGGAUACAAGACAAUGCCAAGAAAGUUCCUCAGGCUAAAAGACCUUACAGUCAACUUCUGUUAUCCCAAAUGGAAACCUAAUGGAUACAGCUAAAGGCACAAACAAUUGCCAGAGAUAACACAUACUAAUUCAGAGACAGAGCUAGGAAAAAAGACCCUUGGCACUAGGACAACAUGACAGUGGCCUUUCAUCUGUCUCUGCACCCCACAUAGAAGGAUUUCCACAUUUGCUCUCUAUAAGAUGGUAAGGAGGAAAACGGCAAGGAAGUAAAGAAAGAGGAUUAUCUACAGCAAAUCUAAAAACUCUCAUAGGUUUCAUGGAGCAGCUUAUGCCUUUUUAUAGCCCAUGCACUGGUGUAACAGCAGAUAGAAGUGAAGAUGGUGCUAUCCCAAAGGAAGAGUAAAGGUGCCUUGUGCCAAGGUUUGCACAUUUAACCUAAAGAAGCUGAAAGACUCAGGCUUCAGAGAUGCAAUGAGAACAUAUGGACCUCAACAAAAUAGGUAGGAA